UGGAUUACUACAGAUCGGAAGGGCUGAUCUGUGACGGACAUAAGGACAGAGGAACACCGGCAAUCAUUGACCCAGGUAAAACUUUAUUUUACUCGCUAGCACAGAGAUGCCUAGAGGCGCAAAAUCGAGGCGUUUGCAAACUGGGGAUUGGGAAGACAAUGAGCCGGGAAGGUCAGACGACCAAGACAGUCAGAGACAGGUGGGGCGGGGAAAAGGCGUCCCAGAAAACGAGCUCGAAUUGAUGAGACUACGGGUUGAACUCGCUGAGGCCAAAAGGAGGGCAGCGGAAUCCAAGGCCAGGUUGGCGGAAGUCGAAGCUAAGGCUAAGGCUAGGAAAGCGGAAAUCGAGGCCGAGUUGAGGGAAGCGGAACGCCUAUUAGAGAAAGAUAGGCGGCUCUUUCAGGCACGGAGAUCGACGGGUCAGGUCGUGAAGAGGGAAUUAGACGACUCAGGUUCCCAGGGAUGGGGCAAGCCGGCGGAAGUAGCUAAGGUCACAGAGAAGUUUGGGGAGGUGUCAGGUAGUAGAUUGGCCGGUAGCAGCGAGGAGGUUAGAGAGCGACGGAACUCUCAGAGUGGAAUGACGAGGAAACUCAUUUUCUCGACACAGAGUCCGGUCGAAUGGACCCCCAAGGGUAAUUGUAGUUCCUGUGGAAGGGCUGGGCAUUGGAGGAGAGCUUGUCCUAAGUGGAAGGCAUCCAAUGAGUCCAAACGGGCGCGGCUAGUAACUACGAACAAGACAUCCCAAAAAGACAAACUUCCGGUAGUGAGGAUAACGGCGUGUGAUCAACCAAAGGUCAGGGAGGCGUCGAAAAGAAUCAAGUCGGUAGGCGACAGAAAUAGUCUUUCGGCUAUGGUCGAUUCUGGGGAUGAGAUUUCGGUCAUAAGGGAAUCAUUGGUGGCGGAAACGGAGGAGGAAAUCCAACAGGUUGGAUCCUUCGGUCACCGGACCGAUUCCGUAACGAUACCGAUAGGGCUGUGGGAGGAAGACCUCACAGGAACGGGUGAGCCGGCGAUUGCGACUUGUGCCGUGACAGACAAGUUACAGCAGACCACGGUUGCCCUAUUAUCGGAAGGGGAUUCCCGGAUGGUAUUAGACCGAAAGGAGAGACUCCAGGGAAAGGGAGAAAGACAAGUGAGGAACUUAAGGGUAGAUGGUAACAGAAACCAUCGGGAAAAGAAGCUAGAACCUCUCUCAGAAGCGGGGUGCAGUGAAAAUAGCACCGAAAAUGAGAAAGGAACAGAAGUACGAGACGCCCAAGUCCGGGACGAGUCACUUUCUCGAUUGUGGGAGGCCACUAAGCGUAAGAAAGAUGGGUUAACUGUAGAGGACGAGAUACUAUAUCGGCAAGAUAGUUCGUUCGGCGGGCCCAUUAAUCAGGUAGUUGUUCCCCAAGAACGGAGAACGGAAGUGUUAGAUUUAGCACACAAAGCUCUGUGCGGUGGACGAUUUGGCAGUCGGAAAUUAGCAAGUCGCGUUCGCGAGGGCUUCCAUUGGCCGGGAAUGGUGACCGAUAUCCGGAAGUACUGCCAGGAUAGUCGUAGGUGCUUAGUAAGAGCGCCUGAUCUAGUCCUAGAUAGGACUCCAGCUACACCACUUACUCGAUUCUCAACCCCGUUUCAAGUGGUUAACAUGGGCGUGAUUGUACCGAUUGAUCCCUUGUCAUCUAACGGUCAUCGAUACACAGUUAGCAUAAUUGGAUUAUGCACCCGCUGGUCAGAAGUGGAAGGGAGGAGAUCGCUGUCAGCGAGGGUCACUUGUUCGGUAUUGAUGCGAUUCUUUACGCGGACGGGUUGUCCCAAACUGAUGUGGUACGAUCAGGGGACAGAUUGCACUGCAGGAUUGACGCGCGAAAUGACCCGUAGGUUAGAAGUAGGGAAUGUAGAGAUGGAUCGGAUCAAAGCGGUCCACGAUCUUGCAACUAAGCAUACGGACGAAAAACGAGAAGAGUAUGCAGUGCCUAACAACGUGGAAGCACGGAAAAAGGGAUAUAACAUCGGGGAUACGGUUCUCGUGGAAAAGUCUUCCCCGGAUGACAAAUUGGAUGUCCGGUGGGAAUGGCCGGAUGUGGUAGAAAAGCGAACGUUCGCUGUAAAAAUAGUACUUGAUUCCGACGGGAGAGUCGGGGAACGGGUUCAAACUCCGUCCCCGCGACAGCUGCACGAUCGCGGAAGAUGGGACGGGAGAGUAAGGGGAGUUCCUCCGCUUCCCCCGACGUCGGCACAGACUAAGCUGGAUGACGUGCUGGAGAAGUACAACUUGUUUUUCGGUAGUAGACCGAAGAAGAAAAACACUUGGACACUUACUGGAGGGUGGAUCCCGAAACGGUUUACCCCAUACCGGAUUGCGUUGGCUUUACGAAAGCGGUUAUUAGGCAUAGGUAGCAAAGGCAUCUCUGCGCGUAGACGGGUAAAAUUCCCGGAUGUUCCGGAUGUAUGGGUCAGUCCGAUAUCGGACGAUUUUUGUAAGAUUGUCUGGUGUUGUGGAAGGAAUCAAACAGGCUUGAGUAAGCUCAGUUUGAUCCUCGGCCGUGGAGGUGUCGGGAUGGAAAAAUCGUCUGGCACUCAGUUUUCCCGCCUUUUUACGAACGACCGUUGUCGCCAUAGAAACGACAAUCAGACCAUUUUGAAGACUCGACCGCUCAUUGGUUAA